CGAUGGCUUAUUUCGCACAUUGGGGCAGAAAUUCGCAGAACGUCUCGUUGAACGGUUCGGUUUUCGAUUUGUGGAGGUAGUUGUAGGAAGAGAAAGAGUUGUAAAAGCUCACAUCAGCUAAUUUGCAACAAUUACAUAACGAGACCUGGACUAGCGAAAAAUUGUAAAGUCGCAGUAGAAGAAACAUGGCACAAAAAGUCUUGAGAAAUGUGACUCACUGCAUCUUUGAUAUGGAUGGCUUGUUGCUUGACACGGAACGUCUCUAUUCGGAAGCCAUGCAAAAGAUUCUCGAUCCAUAUGGUAAAACAUUCACGUUUGACGUAAAGGAACAGAUAAUGGGUCUGCAGACACGCCAAGUUGCCGAGUUUAUGAUAAAAACGUACGACCUGCCGUUCACAUGGGAACAGUAUUCGGAGAAGCAACGCGAUAAUGCCAAGGCACUGAUGAUGGACGCGCAAAUGAUGCCAGACACGGAAAAGAUAUACGAGGAAAUCACAAGGCAAAUAGCUGCAGCUUUUGGACGGCCCUAUCCGGAGGCUGUGCGUUUUCGAGUGAUGGGCACAACGGAGCAGCGUUCCGCGGAAAUAGCGGUCACCGAAUGCAAACUGCCCUUGAGCGUAGGGGAGUUUCUACAACGCUAUCACAAGCUAUGCGGCGAGCGUUUGCACAAUGUGCCACUGCUGGAAGGUGCUGAGCGCCUGUUACGACAUUUGCACGCAAAUAAUGUUCCUUUCGCCUUGGCCACCAGCUCGGGUGCCGACAUGGUGGAACUAAAGACCACACAUCACCGCGAGUUGUUCGAUUUGUUUAAUCACCGCGUAUGCGGAUCCACCGACAAGGAUGUGAAAAAUGGAAAACCAGCCCCAGAUAUUUUUCUAGUCGCCAAGGAUCGAUUUGAAGACAAGCCUGCCGCUGGAGAUUGCUUGGUUUUCGAGGACUCACCAAAUGGCGUCACGGCUGCCAUUAGUGCUGGCAUGCAGGUUGUUAUGGUGCCGGACCCUCGCCUAUCCAAAGAACGGUGCAAUAAUGCGACACAGGUACUACGGUCGUUGGAAGAUUUCAAGCCCGAGGAAUUUGGCUUGCCGCCGUUUAAAGAUUAAGUUGGAAUUGCAUGACGAGUGUUUGUAAUGCUGUGCAUGUAGCCGCAAGAUGCUGACCAUUGUAAACAAUGUACCUUAUGUUGUAAGCAUAAAGAUGUUUAACGAACAUGAGAAAUGAAAAAUACAAAUUGUGCAGUUAUUUUUUAGCAGUA